GGGUGGGCGUGCCCACGCAGUGCCUUCCCGUCACGUGAUGCAGGUGGCGAAGCCGCCCUGAGGCGGCGCCAUGGCGGCCCCGUCCGAAACCGAGCGGCUGCUGGGCCGCGGGCCCGGUUACGGCACGGCGGAGGCCCCGGCGGUGGCGGAGGAGGAGGAGCUGCGCCGCCGCCUCAAGUAUUUCUUCAUGAGCCCCUGCGACAAGUACCGGGCCCGCGGGCGGCGGCCUGUGAAGCUGGGGCUGCAGCUGGCCAAGAUCCUCCUGGUCACCGUCCAGCUCAUUCUUUUUGGGCUCAGCAACCAGAUGGUGGUGACGUUCAAGGAGGAGAACACCGUUGCCUUCAAGCACCUCUUCCUGAAGGACUACGUGGACGGCGCCGACGACUCUUACGCCGUCUACACGCAACGCGACCUCUACGAGCGCAUGUUUUACGCCGUGGAGAAGUACUUGGCCAUUCCCAACGAGACCAUCGGCCGCUAUGCCUACGUGCAGGGCGAGAGCAGCGGGAACCACUCGGCCCUCAUGCUGUGCCAGCAAUAUUACCGUAAGGGACGCAUCGAUCCGGCCAACGACACCUUCAACAUAGACCCCAAGAUUGUCACAGACUGCCUGGGGGUGGACCCUGAGGACCCACAGCCUCUUCCUCCAGAGCUGGAGCACAGCUACAAGAACUUCACCCUCAAAUUCCACAAGCUCAUCAACGUCACCAUCCAGUUCAAGCUGAAAGCCAUCAACAUCCAAACCAUCAUCAACAACGAGAUCCCCGACUGCUACACCUUCACCAUCACCAUCACGUUUGACAACAAGGCGCACAGCGGCCGGGUGAAAAUCCACCUGGACAACCGGGCCGACAUCAAGGAGUGCAAAGAUCACAGCGUCUUUGGCCGAGGUGACAACUCCUUCCGGCUGUUCUUUGACGUCAUCGUCAUCCUCGUCUGCUCGCUGUCCUUCAUCCUCUGCGCUCGCUCCAUCAUCCGGGGCCUGAUGCUGCAGCACGAAUUCAGCCGGUUCUUCCAGCGCCGGUACAACCAGCGCGUGUGCCUGUCGGAUCGCAUGGAAUUCCUCAACGGCUGGUACAUCCUGCUGGUGAUCAGCGAUGUCCUCACCGUGCUGGGGACCGUCAUGAAGAUCGGCAUCGAAUCCAAAAAUUUCGCUGGCUACGACAUCUGCAGCAUCCUGCUGGGCACCUCCACGCUGCUGGUCUGGGUCGGGGUCAUUCGCUACCUCACCUUCUUCCAGAAGUACAACAUCCUCAUUGUCACGCUCCGGGUGGCCCUCCCCAACGUCAUCCGCUUCUGCUGCUGCGUGGCCGUCAUCUCUGGCUACUGCUUCUGCGGCUGGAUCGUGCUGGGACCGUACCACGUCAAGUUCCGCUCCCUUUCCAUGGUGUCCGAGUGCCUCUUCUCCCUCAUCAACGGGGACGAUAUGUUCGUCACCUUUGCCGAGAUGCAGCAGAACAGCUACUUGGUGUGGCUCUUCAGCCAGGUCUACCUGUACACCUUCAUCAGCCUCUUCAUCUACAUGGUCCUCAGCCUCUUCAUCGCCCUCAUCACCGGCUCCUACGAGACCAUCAAGCAUCAGUGCGAGGGCGAGACGCCCGUCUCCCAGCUCCACGCCUACAUCGCCCAGUGCAAGGACAGCCCCAAAGCGGGCAAGUACCGGCGGCACAGCACCUCAUCCUGCUCCGUUUUCUGCUGCUGCGAGCGGGCUCCCCUGCAAGACAACGCGCUGCUGGUGAAUUGAGGGAGGAGCCCCCACCCCCCGCAGACCCCUGGGGAUGCCCCGUGCUCCCCUCCCCCAGCCUUGAGUGCUUUUUUAAUUUAUUUUAUCGUCUGUUUUUACCGGCUUGGGACCCCAAAGGGGUGGGGACAGACGGUGGCCGUGUCCCCUGCACCUGGGGAACACCAGACAGAUGCUUGUGGCCCCGUUAAUUUUCUUAAUGGACUUUUAAGCUUAA